AUGGAAAAAACAGUAUUUUUCAAUGGAUUUCCGUCCAAAAAGGUUGUUCAAGUCCAUUCGAAUGCUUCUUCGACCUUAAAAGAGGCAUUGGUUCAGGCUUUUGGCAAACAAGCUGAUCGUCUGCUGAAUUCUUUUUACUUGACACACGAAAGCCGAAUUGUUUGUCCGUCUACAUCAAUAUGUAGUUUGGAAGCCAAUGUUUUGAACAAAGACGUAAAUCUUUGGCUUUGCGGACGAGUUUUAGGAGGUAAAGGUGGAUUUGGUAGCCAACUACGAGCUGCCGGUGGUCGGAUGUCGAAAAAGCGAAAUGAGCAAGAAAAUCAAGAUUCUUGUAGAGAUUUAGAUGGCAAUCGUCUUGGAACCGUUCGUGAAGCGAAGGAAUUGUCUGAAUAUUUAGCCAAGAAACCCUCGGAAAGUCGAGCUAAAAAGGAAGAGAAAAAACAAAAGUUAAAAAAACUUCUUUCUACGGAGCAAAAUGUCCCUCGGUUCGAUGACCAUGAAUUCUUGGAAGACAUAGACAAUUCUGUAUCUGAGACACGCAACGCUUUCCAAUCUUCUUUGGCCCAUCGUCGUGGCUCUUCCUCGGCUGUUUCAUUUUCCUCUUCAGAUCAAAGUUCUUUGAAUGAGAACGAGCCAUCUUCUUCCAACAAAGGAAAAGAGUCUUUGAAAGAAGGCAAAGAAGGCGUACAAUCCCAUGAUUCAUGGCUUCAACGCAUGGAGGCAGCUGCUUCGGAAGACGACGAUGAAGAUGAACAAUUCAAAGCGCUAGACGGUUGGGAUGAUGAAUUUGUAUAA